AGCCAUAUAGCAGCAACCCGAAAAUGGGUGGUAAAGACCCCUUUUCUCUUGACGGUGGUAGAGAAUUAAUCUGGACUUAAUUUCCCCUUUGUAUUCCUUCGUGACCUCUUCAGAUGGAGAAGGGAAGAAGUUCUUCAGUCCUGAUGGAGCCCAGAAUGAAGAUGGAGAAGCCAAAUCUAUAUGGCCCCGAAGGAGGAAGAGAGCCCAAUAAAAAGUGGGGCAGGAGAAAUGUUGGAUUCCUGGGUAGAAUGGGUCCGGAUGCCCUGGAGGAGAAGGUCUUCAGCACGGAUCUUCCAUGCCAACACUUCAGGUGCUUCUGCUAUGAGGAAGCCUUGGGGCCGCGAGAGGUGUGCAGCCGCCUCCACUCUCUCUGCUGCCUGUGGCUGAAGCCAGAGAAGCACUCCAAAGCCCAGAUGCUGGACCUGGUGCUCCUGGAGCAGUUCCUGGCCGUCCUUCCUGCGGAGAUGGAGCGCUGGGUGAGAGAAUGUGGGCCAGAGACCAGUUCCCAGGCCGUGGCUUUGGCUGAAGGAUUCCUCCUGAGUCGGGCAGAAGAAGAGCGGCAGGAGAGAGAGGUCCUUCAGGCCCAGGAGGUCCCAUUGGAGACCAGCAAGGCAAUCUCUUUUAGGUGGAUCAAGCUGGAAGAGGAGGAGGACACAAGAGCUGCUCCACCAGGGGAGGAGCCAAGGAUGCUGGGAAGCCAUAAUAGCUCAUCUCUUUGUGAAGCAGGAGAAACAGCCUCCAUGGAACAGGAUCAGGUGACUUUUGAGGAUGUGUCUGUACAUUUCAGUGAGGAAGAGUGGGCCCUGCUCGAUCCGGAUCAACGGGCCCUGCACUGGGAGGUCAUGAGAGAGAAUUAUAAGACGGUGGCCUCUUUCGUUGGUGCUGCAAAAGAGAAUGAAAAUGGGGGAACACCAUGUAAAGCGUGGCUAAACAUACCAAGAUAUAAAGAGAGGGAAGAGGAAAGCCUGGAAAUGGAAGCAGAAAAAUAUAGAAGGAACCAGUGCCCUGCUGACACCAAGAAAAUCACAAUCCAAGCAAGAGUAGAUGAAAGCAGGGAGAUCGGGAACUGCCCUGUCUUUGAAGAUGGCUUCUUCCACAAGUCAUUAUGCCUGAAUGAUGAUAUCACAAAUGCUAUAGAGAAAGAACAAGCUAAAUGCCAUCAGUGGAAAGACAGCUUUGGAUCUAGUAUACACCUUACAAACUAUGAAAAUCCACAGAUUGUGGACAAACCAUAUAAAUGCCCGGUGUGUGAAAAACGUUUCCAUUGUAAAGCAAAUUUGAGAAAACACCGAAAACUACACUUGAGACAAAGUCUAUUGAAGUGCCUGGAGUGUGGAAAAGACUUUGCUGAAAAGAGGAAUCUCGUUGCACAUGAAAUGAAUCACAUAGGAGAGAGACCCUAUCGAUGCCUGGAGUGCGGGAAGGGUUUCUGUCUGAGAAAUUCCCUCAAUAGACACCAAAAAAUCCACAUGACAGAGAAGCCCUAUAAAUGCCUGGAGUGUGGGAAAGGAUUUGCUCAAAAGAGAACUCUUAUUGGGCAUGAAAUGAAUCACAGAGGAGAGACACCCUAUAAGUGCCUGGAGUGUGGGAAGGGCUUUAUUGACAAGAGAAGUUUCAUUGGGCAUGGAAUGAUCCACAGGGGAGAGGCACCCUAUAAGUGCCAGGAGUGUGGCAAGGGCUUCAUCUACAAGAGAAGUCUUUCCUUGCAUGAGAUGAAUCAUAGGGGAGAUAAACCCUAUAGUUGCCUAAAGUGUGGGAAAAGCUAUAACUGCCAAUCAGGUCUCAAAAAACAUCAGAAUACUCAUAUAGAAGGAAAAGCCAUGCACAUGCCUGGAAUGUAGGAAGGGUUUCAGUACGAGAAAAAACUUUAAGGUCCACCAAAGGCUCCAUUUGGGAGAGAAGCUAUAUACAUACCUGGAGUGUGGUAAGGCCUUUCCCCAGGGGAAAUAUAUAUCUGCGCCACAGAGAAUAGAGCCCCUAUCAAUAUCUGGAAUGUGGGAAGAGUUUUAUGUUCAAAUCAGGUCUCAGAAGUCACCAGGACAGAAAGCAUACGCAUGCUGUCCUGUUUUGCCUUUCAAGAACAGCCUUAACAUACUGUGGUAAGUAAAUGAAAACUGCUUUACUUCAGCAAAACAUAAAGCACAGAACAUUCAGUGGAAUAAUGCAAAAUGAAGCAAGGAAGUCUUAGGGCAAGCACAGUUCUUAGUCUCUGAUAAAGUCCGAAAUCAAAUAGCAGUCUUACUUCAGACAAAGAAACAGCAAUAAAUCCUCAGGAGCAGUUUCCCAGAUGCAGACUCAAAGCAGGCACAAGGAGAGCGUAGGCAGUCAGUUUGUUACCAGCAAGACCUGGCUGCACCUGCUUCUGCUUUAUAGCCCUGAGUCCCCUCACAGCUGCCAGGGCAGUUCCUAAUUACUCAGAUGCAUUUCUGGCAGCUAUUCUAUCUGAACGACAUCUCUGCUCUGUUUCCUUUCGCCUCUCCUGAAAAGUGGGUACUUUCAAAAUCUCUUCCUCAGAUUCCAACUGCCCCUCUGACUCAUGAACACUUUCCUGCUCCCCUUCCUCUUUUGAAGAAGAGGAAACCCCAACACAGGCCAAGAGUGUGGGGAGAGUCCAGUCUUCAAAACAGUCACACAAGAAAACACUUUCCUAUUCUUCUCAAAUUAGCCAUUUCUAUCCAAGUAAUAGAGGACUGUCAUCAACCCGUCUUACAACCAACUGGAAAAGCCAACUGUCGAGUCAAAUGGACGCCAGAGUUGAACCAAAGAGUUACCGAACUGCUGGCAACAGAACAGCUACAGAAUCUAAGGAUUGGCGUGACAUAUGCUACAUCCCCCAGUGCUCUUUUGGAGAACUUUAACUCAAUAACCCAAGAACUCCAGAAACAAAUAAGAAGCUCCAACACAGUUCCACAUAGGCAAUAUCAUCAUCACUCCAAACCCUGGUUUGAUCAGGAAUGUUUAAAUGCAAAGAAAUCACUUAUUUCCGCCUACCAGGCUUUCCAGUCUGAUAACUCAGUAAUGGCGUCACAAGAGCUUCUCCAUCAGAAGGGACUAUAUAAGCGCCUGUUGGCCCAGAAAAAAAGGGAAGACUCAAAAAACAACUGGACACGGCUCAUACAAGCCGUUCAAACUAAAGACUGAGCCACCUUCAUGUACAGCAAAUUAUGUUAGGCCCUUGAUAGGAAGCCAUAUCUCCCCAGGGUCAUGGGAAACAUAUUUUCGGGAUAUAUAUAAGGAUAAUACUGGUGGGAAUGCCUGUUCCACCCCAGACUUGGAAAAUUUACCAAAAUGGCCUGCGGUCACUCUGACAGAGAUCAGGAGCCUUGUCAAUCAGUUACAGCAAGGGAAAGCCCCAGGAGAAGACCUCAUUCCUUCAGAAGCCAUCAAAAACAAUCUAGACUUCUGGGCUCCUACCCUAGCUUCACUUUUCACCUGCAUUGACAAAUAUGGUCAAAUUCCCAAGGACUGGGGGAUGGCAAUCAUAGUCCCCAUAUACAAAAAAAAUGGGAAAUGAGAUGAUCCAGCAAAUUACAGACCUAUCAGCCUCCUUAACAUUAUCAGUAAAAUUUAUGCUAGACACCUAAAAGGGAAACUGCAGGAUUGGAUAGAAUCAAGAAGGCAUAUUAGCCGACGAACAAGCUGGAUUUAGGGAAGGACGAACUACGGUGGACCAUUGCCUAGUCCUCCAGCAUCUGAUAGAAAAAUACACUACCAACAGCUCUGCAUCCUUGUAUGUAGCUUUUAUAGACUUCAAGGCUGCCUUUGAUUCCAUCUCUAGGGCCAAACUAUGGGAAAAAUUAGAAGACACCUCAAUUGACAGACGGCUCCUCCAUCUUAUCCGUCGACUCCAUGAAGGGACGUCUCUCAAAAUAAGAUGCAACCCUCAAGGCCACCUCACUAACGCUGUUAGAACAGAGAAAGGAGUCAAACAAGGCUGCAUCUUAGCCCCGUUACUAUUCAACUCUACAUUGACUCUAUGGUGGAGCAAUUGCACAACAUGGACUUUCAUCCUCCUAAACUCGCGGGGAGACAUAUCUCCAUCCUACUCUAUGCUGACGAUGCAGCACUGAUUUCAAGAACUCCAAUAGGCCUCAAAAGAGCUUUGAAAUCAUUGGCACAAUAUUGCAGAGAGGAUCAGUUACAACUCAAUUAUCACAAAACAAAAAUCAUGGUGUUUGCCAAAAGACCUAAGCUCCACCAUUGGAAUAUAGAUGAUAAAAAAAUUGAGCAGGUUCCAUGUUUUAAAUAUCUGGGGGUAGUCUUCCACUCUUCAGGCAGCAGAAAAGCACAUGGAGGCUAUGUGGCUGAGAAUGCAUAUAGGAGUUCAUCUGCCAUAUUAAAAUACCUGAGGUCAAAGGGGGGGGCAAUUUAUACCCGCAGCUCUCAAACUUUUUGAAGCCAAGUCAAUGGCCCAACUCCUUUAUGGUGCCCAGAUAGGACCUUUUUCUGACUUUGCCCCACUGGAGACUGUCCAAUCCAAAUUUUUAAGAUCAGCCCUACAGGUUCCAAAGUGUGUGUGUAACGCUAUCCUACGCCUGGAGACUGGCUUCUUGAGAGUGGAGGCCAGGGUGUGGAUGGUAAUAUUGAAUUACUGGCUGAGACUAUCCCCCGCACCCCUGGGCCUUGCCCCACUCACUAUGAAGGACAACUUCCAAUCCAGCUGGCAAAAGAAGAUAGUGCACAAAAUUGCAUCUCUUGGUCUAUCCCCAGAACUACUAACCAGCAUGGGAUAUGACCAGGCCAAAUCCCUGGUCAAGCAACGUAUAACAGACAUUGAACACCAAUUAGAUCUGUCCAGUGCCCCAUCCUUCAUCACCAAUGGAGACAGUAGGAGCCAUACCUCCCCUAUGGAAUAUCUUACUAUGUUGGAGGUAGCCAACCAUCGGAGAGCCUUCACUUUGGCACAAUGUCAUGCGCUCCCAUCCGCAGUACUGGAAGGUCGUUACCAGAAGAUUCCAUACUCUGAGAGGCUAUGUCCAUGUGACUCAGGUCAGAUAGAAACAACGGAGCAUGUACUUCUGCAGUGCCUGUUUUACAGAGACAUUCGAACACGUCUCAUCAUGACAUGGACAACUAAAUACCCAGGAUGUUCUGGACAAUUUUACGUAACCUUAUUGCUCUCAGAUACCAUCUCAGCUGUGACAUAUAAUGUCGCCAAGUUCUGCACAGCUGCAAUUAAAAUCCGGCAGAUGAUGAUUGAGAGCCAAAAGAACUAAGUAUCGUCUAUAGAAUAGAGUUGGGAAAGCAGAUAUAGACCACUAUUUAUAGUUAUAGGUUGUUAUUUACAGUUAGGGGUAUUUCCUCCCCCCCCCCCCGGUGCCAUCCCCACUCCCUCCCUUCAGACUCCUCCCGGAUGAUCCUGUGAGUUGAGUUGGGUCUUAAUGGUACUGGUAUAUGAUCUUCAGCCUAGAUUUUAAAUUUUGUCAAGGAUUCAAUUUUAUAAUGGUUUUUAUUAAUGUUGAAAAUUUUAGCCUAGAUUUUAAAUUCUGUCAAUGAUUCAAUUUUAUAAGGGUUUUUAUUAAUAUUGAAGUUUUUAGCCUAGAUUUUAAAUUUUGUCAAUGAUUUAGUUUUAUAGGAGUUUUAUUAAUUGUGAAGUAUAUAACCUCUCGGAUUUUAUAUGGAUGUACGGGACUGGGUGCCCUUGAUACGAGCUGGUCAUUGACCGUAAUAAAAGUUUACAUUACAUUACA